UUCAACUGUCUUGGGUCGGGACACUCGUCAAAAAAGUGUCCAUCUAAAUGGGUGUGCAGACAGUGCCAACAAAGGCAUCAUACACUUGUACAUUUGGAUACAGGUGUAACAGAAAUCCCACUUGAGCCGCUGCCUUCCACGUCCAGUACCACCCACAUCAGCUCGCCACAAACCAUUCUCAAUGCACGAAUGCAAUCCACAGUGCUAUUAUCAACGGUCAUUCUAAAUAUCGUAGAUAGCAGUGGUAUUGAGCACCAAGCACGAGCCUUAUUAGACAGUGGGGCUCAGUCUAAUUUCAUUGCCGGUGAAUUAGCGCAGAGAUUAAGACUGCCGCGUAAAUUAGUAAAUAUUCCACUAUUAGGCGUUGGUGGCAGCACUGGAAUAAAUGUGCGACAUUCAGUUAACGCAACAAUACGUCCACAUUAUAUCACAGAAACUUUCGCUAUUGAGUUACUUGUGAUUUCUAAACCGGCAUCAGACUUGCCAGCUUAUCAGCUCGACUUAAGCGAGUUCAAUAUACCAGUAGAAUAUACGCUAGCUGAUCCUACCUUUCAUUGUCCUGGGCCCAUCGAUAUAAUUUUAGGAGCGGAAUAUUUUUAUGAGUUUCUGCUGGAUCGAAGUCUGUCCCUCGGUACAAACCGUCCUAUACUUCAAGAGACAAAGUUUGGAUGGGUGAUUAGUGGCAACGCACCCGCUCAAAUAGCAUCGCCACCCACAAUGUGUGCUACAGCUACGUUGUCUCUUGAGUCACUAAUGAAACGUUUCUUCACCAUCGAAGACUUAAGCGAGAAACCUAGCUGGAGUGUUGAAGAAGCUGCAUGUGAAAGGUUUUACACGGAAACGACGACUAAGGAUGAGAGUGGUAAAUACAUUGUGAAGCUUCCACGCAAACCAGACAUGAUUGAGCGGAUGGGUGAAUCGCGAAUGAUCGCAUUACGGCGGUUUUUAGCCAUCGAGCGUCGGUUAGAACGAGAACCCGACACGCGAAAGGCGUAUACUGAGUUCAUGGAUGAGUAUUUACACCUGGGGCACAUGAGCAAGGUGGUCUCAGAUCGAACGACAUCAGAGUGUUACUAUCUGCCUCAUCACCCCGUGUUUAAGGCAGAUAGUACAACCACGAAAUGUCGAGUAGUGUUCGACGCUUCCAGCAAAACGUCGACAGGAGUGUCACUGAAUGAUACUAUGGUGGUGGGCCCAACAUUGCAACAGAACGGUGCGUCGAUCUUGCUGCGAUUUAGAACCCAUCAAGUGGCUUUGACAGCAGAUAUCGCUAAAAUGUAUCGCCAGGUAUGGAUACACCCUGACGAUCGCAAGCUGCAGCGUAUUUUGUGGCGAUCAUCACCGUCAGAUCCGAUAGACGAGUUCGAGCUAAAUACAGUCACGUGUGGUACUGCGGUGGCACCAUUCCUGGCGGUACGAACUCUGCAGCAGACAAGGGAAGACCACAAAGAAGAGUUUCCCAUAGCAGCAUCAAGAGAACACGAAUUUUACGUAGACGAUUUUGUCUCUGGUGACAAAUCAAUAGAAGAGGCACGAGAGCUGCAAUGUCAGAUGAACCUCCUCUACGCUAAAGGAGGAUUUUCGUUACGUAAAUGGGCAUCCAACCAGCCGACCUCUCCUAUAGGCGUCGACUUACAAGAUUUAGCGUCAAGCCAAAAUAAAGAGAUUGACGGCAAGGGAGUCUUAGCAACACUCGGACUCGUUUGGGAUCCGUCAUCAGAUGUGUUAUCUUUCAAGGUGGCAGAUCAACCAAUGCCAGAAAGGGUAACAAAGCGGAGCAUAUUGUCCUCCAUUGCUCGCAUCUACGAUCCAUUGGGAAUUGUAGAUCCCAUAAAGGCCUUAGCCAAGCAAUUCAUGUAACUAAUAUGGAGUCUUCAAACCGACAAACAGCAGCCAGUUGGAUGGGACGAUGAGCUACCAGCUCAGCUGCAAAGAGAUUGGGUUGAGUUUCAUUCUCAACUAAUUUACCUAAGAGAGGUGAAGGUUCCACGAGUGGUGUAUGGAACAUUCCCUGCAGAAGCACAGCUUCAUUUCUUUUGUGAUGCGUCUGAGAAGGGCUACGCUGCAUGUUGCUAUGUUCGAAGCCAGUUGUCGAAUGAAAGAGCAACAAUGCAACUUCUCACAUCGAAAACAAAGGUUGCUCCACUCAAUAGUAAGCAUUCCAUAGCUAGGUUGGAAUUGUGUGGGGCACACCUAGCAGCCCAACUUUACGAACGCAUAAAGAAGGCGAUAGACAUCAGCGGUCCGGUCGUAUUUUGGUCGGACUCAACAACGGUAAUACAUUGGCUUCAGUCUCCACCCAGCUGUUGGAAACCAUUUGUGGCAAACCGUGUGUCACAAAUCCAACAGUUGACCGACGAGUGCACAUGGCGUCACAUACCAGGGAUAGACAACCCGGCAGAUUUGGCAUCUCGAGGCUGUUUGACACGCGAAUUGUUGAACAAUUAAUUCGCUCCUCAGCUCCAUUCCUAUUUACGUCCCUUCUCGUCGUCUCCGCGACAGACCUCUCAUUUUUAUCCCCUCCCGCCGUUCUGUUUUUGGUCAGAGAGAUCCAUUUUUGAGAGCUUGCGCAGCAUUUAAUGAAGCUCAUGAUUUGUUCGACUACCACGUCCCCUUGUCCAGUUUUCGCUCUCGUCUUUCUGAGUCCUUGUCUCUAUCAUCAACCUCCCAUCCUUAACACUUCCUUCUUCCUUAGUUUGUAAGACAUAUUAUUGUGAAACCCUAGGCGGCUGACAAUAUGAAAUAAAUAAUAAUAAUAAAUAAUAAUAAUAAUAAUAAUAAAUAAUUCAUUAUGGUGGCAGGGUCCAGCAUGGAUAUGUUGGCCAGAAAAUGAAUGGCCCAAAUCAGCAGUAAUUUCCGGGAAUGAAACCACCACAAUUGAGAAGAGAUCAUCCGCUAUCGCUUGCACAGUAACAGCACCUGAACCACCCAUUCUUAAAAACACCUUUUCUUCCGCUUUCACUCCUAGUGAAAAAGCUGAAACUUUGGCUUCACAUUUUGCACUGGCCCACAGGCUUAGUGAUCCACUCACAAUUCCGUAUGAGAAUGCUGUUCAUGCUAGCAUUAGGGAGUUAAGUUCGGCACUUUAGUAUGCCAUAGAGAUUGACCGUGUCACCAGCGGAGAAGUUCUUAAAAUCAUUGAAUACAGUGUUAACUACAAGGCUCCAGGAUCGGAUGGACAGUGUGGAAAUUUGCUAAAGUAGUACCAGUACUGAAACCUGGGAAGGACCCAUGCUUGGGGUCGUGCUAUCGUCAUAUUUCUCUUUUUAGAGCUAUGAGCAAAUUAUUGUGUUGACCUAGCCAAUCCGGCAUCUAUUAUGUCCGAUUCAUACAGGGCCCGUUUGAAUCGGACAUAAUCAAGAAUGAAAGCGUUCUACUCUGAAUCGCCGGUUUCGAUGUGUUUGAUCCAGUAAGCCGUCAGAUCGGUGGCUCUGAGAUGUUUGAUCCAUUAAAUACAAAAAUACGUCGUUACGCGUUGUUCCACUAAUUAUGUAAUAUUAAAAAAAAUACCAUGGGCUGGUUACUAAACAAGUAGUUCUUUUGAAACAAUGAUCGAUUUUACAACAGUAUCUAAAAAAAAUCAAGACCAUUUAUCACCUAUUGAUGCAAUUUGCAUCUAAUUUGUCGCUAUUAUGUAUCUAUUCUUUCGCCAUUUAAGCAAUGUGGAAGGUAUAUCCACAUAUGUUUGCAAUAGUUUUCACAGUCUGAUGAUGUGAUCAAAGCGGCUCCUGUUUCAACUGUUCAUUUAUUCAACUUCAUUAUUCGGAGUGGAUCGUUUUGUUAUUUGCUUCCACUGGGUAAACAUAUUAUUUUUAUCUGGUUUAAGAAUGGGCUGUAUGGCAAGUACAUGAUUUUGUAGCCAUAUGAUUCUAUUUUUUGUUUGACCUCGUAAGUCUUAUGGAAUGCUACGAUAUCUAAUAAUAAUAUCGCAUUUGUUAUGAGCUUGUCUAUCAAUGUCUUAUGCUACUCGUCUACGAAACUAAUAAAAAAUCCUUAUUUAUCGCGCGUGUUCGGGACAAGUAAUGAAGAAUACCAUUUCGGCUCAUAGCACAUAGCUACGAAAUAUAUCGAGCUCGUAGUGCUGGAAAAUGGCGAGCCCUCUUGUAUCUCUCAUUGAAACAUUCAACCCCACUUCGUCUAUGAAUAUAACUUAAUGCUUAUUUUAGGAGGCAGGUAUCCUAGCGUUGUGUAUUCUACAGCGUUCUGCUGUCUAUAGUUUCAUCAACAUUUCUUCUAAUGGGUGAAAAGACUAAAUAUUAGUUUUAAGUUAGAAUCUACAAUUUAUUUAAGUGUUCAUUCGAUCCGCACACUAAGAACUUCACCAGCUAAGAGAGACGCAGUUUCUCUCCAUCUCGUCGAUCACCCCGAUAUACCCCCCCCUCCGGCCACCGUAUUAGUAGCCGCCGCAUUAACAGGUUGGCUGAUAAGUUCCCGGUCUAACAAAGAAAAACACAUUUUUUUGUCAAAAUUCGUUUUUAUUAUUCAACAUAGUUCCCUUCAAGAGCGAUACAACGAUUAUAACGACCUUCCAAUUUUUUGAUA